UGAUUAUAGGUCUGCUCAAUCAGGGUUGACCUGACACGAAGCAACAUAUCACCGCCACAAUAACAACAGCCGUACUGCUACUACUAUUACCACCACCACCACCACCGCCGCCGCCGCCACCGCCACACCUUCGCGCACCGACUUCUCUUCUUGAGUGAUCGCUGUCAAUUCACCAUCGUGUAAAUCUGUUUUAGUUUCAUUCCAGCAAGAUGGCCAGUCGUGAUAUGAGCACGAUCUGUUUGUUUGACAUCGACGGUACCCUGACGUUACCCCGGCAGGUAAUCAGUGGUGAAAUGAAAGAAUCUUUAAAGGCCUUACAGCAGAAAGUGGCCGUUGGUUUAGUGGGAGGCUCUGACAAAGCAAAGAUUGUGGAGCAGAUGGGAAGUAAUUCUGAUGUUAUCAAAGAAUUUGAUUAUUUCUUCUCGGAGAAUGGUGUGAUUGCUUACAAGAAUGGUGAUUUAAUUGGUGAAGAGAGUAUUCAGAAACAUUUCGGUGAAGACAAACUGCAAGAUGUCAUCAAUUUUGGUCUCCAUUAUAUGUCAACCAUAAGACUUCCAUGCAAACGGGGUACGUUUAUUGAAUUCCGCAAGAGUAUGAUGAAUUUUUGUCCUAUUGGACGCAGUUGUUCCCAGGCAGAGCGUGAUGCUUUCAGUAAAUAUGACCAGGAACAUCAAGUCCGGAAGAAAUUCGUCGAUGCCUUGUAUGAAAAGUUCCCAGACUUAGGUUUAAAUUAUGUAAUUGGUGGUCAGAUCAGUAUUGAUGUCAUACCCGAGGGCUGGAAUAAAAGUUACUGCCUGAAAUUUAUUAAAAGAGAUGGCUUCAAGACAAUACAUUUUUUUGGAGACAAGACACAACCAGGUGGCAACGACCAUGAGAUAUACGAAGAUAAACGCACUAUUGGUCACGUGGUGAAGAAUCCUGCUGAUACCAUACAACAACUCCAGGAACUAUUUUUGGGAUGAAAAUUAUCAACAUAUUUUUAUUUGAAUUAUAUUUUUUUAUUUCAAUUAUUAGUGGGCGUGUAAAAACAAAAUACAAAGUUCUGGAAAAAUGUAAUUAAAAUAAAAAAAACAAACAAAUACAACAAACAAAUGAAGGAAUAUCUACUUCAGUGAGGGUCACCAAAGGAUUUGGUUUCGUUUGGUACAACUCAUCACUGCUUGGGUUGGAAUCUGUUUACAUGAUUGAUGGUUUAUCUCUGGAUUUUGGUUUAUAUUCUCGGUUGGAAUGACUGUCAGUAAUUUGUGUUUUGGUUCAUCUGUGAUAACAGCGGAGGUGAUUAUAAGACCAACAUUCCAUCGAAUAUAAACAGUAACGCUAUUACUUCCAACUGAAUACCAACACAGGACGCUUAUAUUAUAUGUUUCUGACAAAGAGCUCCGCUCGAAAUGUAAAGCCCUCCUUCUUCCCUUCCUUCCUGAGUGUCCAAUAAUACUAUAUUUGUUCCACGUC